AUGGGACCCAUCGUGAAGUGCCCAGCCAAGUGCAAUCCUGACGCGAAGAGGGACACAACCAAGUGGUAUGAAUUUCACGAUGACCAUGGUCAUAACACCGUCAAUUGCAUUACCCUGAGAUUGGAAGUGGCGGCACUAUUAAAGAGGAGACAUCUCUGGAACCUGUUGAUAGAUAAAGGGAAGAAUACAAUUAGCCAGAGAAGCUCGAAAGAAACAUCUCCCCCUCCUCAAGAACUGACACCGAAGGGGUUCUGCUCCAUUAUCUCUAGAGGGUCAAAAAUCAGUGGGAUAAGUUACUCCUCAACCAAGCGGCACGCCCGAGCCAACCAACACCUAGAAGUCAAGUCAAUCCAUCCAUCUCCUCGGGCAUAUACCAACCAGAUCAUCCAGUUUGAAGAUGAUGAGCCAGCCACUUUAGCCGCCCCUCAUCAUGAUGCUCUGGUCAUCUCCCUCCAAAUCGCCAACAUCCUUGUCAAGAAAGUGUUCGUAGAUGAGGGAUCCUCAACAAACAUCCUCUUUCUUGAAGCAGUGAAAGCCAUGGGACUGGAUGAGUCAAACAUCAACAAAUGCCCAACCAUCCUGGUCGGGUUUAAUUUUAAGCAGAAGUACAUUAUUGGAGAAAUCGCCUUGCCUGUCUAUGUCAGUGGAAUCAACAAACAAACUAUCUUCCUGGUACUUCAUUGUGCCUCUCCCUACAAUGUCAUCUUGGGUCGACCUUGGAUCCAUGACAUGCGAGCUGUCCUGUCCACCUUCUAUUAA